AUGGCUAACACGCACAGCGGACAGGAUGCCGCAACUUCGUCGACAUCGUCGAACACCACGCAACCCUCAUUCGACAACAGAUUCCCUCCAUCCAACCCCUACAUCGCCUUUCAACUCGCCUUCAUGGACAAACAAGGCGGCAAAGCUCGAUUCGCGCAUCCCUUCCUAACCUUCGACACAACAAUGCCCCACACCAUCAGAAAAGUGCUUCGAAACCGCUACUUCAUGCACCUCCUCCAAAACAUCUUCUCCCGCCUCUCCCGCCGCCAACUCCUCGUCAUCGAACGCGUUUGCAAAUUCUGGCAAGAAGUUCUCAUCUACUAUUCGCCGAAUUUGGAGGAGUGGUUGUUUUACAGCGCUGUUGAGAAGCGGACGGUUUGUGUUUUUGAGACGAAUGAGCAGAAGAACGUUCCUGUUCCUUCUACCCCUUCUUCUGCUUUCUCGGAUUACGAGUUCGAAACACUACGACUCGUUGAUAGGAUUUCAGGGACUGUUGGACCGCUCUGCGUGCUCAGAGAAAAGGAAAAUGGGAAGGAGGGGAAGAUGUUCUAUGGUGUGGAAACGAAACAGAAUCCUUAUCUCCUGAGGCCGAUCAAGUACACGCCAAAUUUCCUGUACAGCGGGCUGAAGUUCUCGUAUCAGAUCUUCUCUGGAACGAGGUUUACCAUUCCGACGGAGACUUUGGUUGAGAUUCGGGAUUUUGGGUUGGCGGACAGUCGGAUGGGGAUGUUUUUGACUCAGCCUCCGGUUUGUGAGGUGAGGGUCAGCGUACUUGAUCCUUUUGGUGGGGAUGGCGAGGGCGGCAUGAGCAAUACGAAGAAGAAGAAGGAAAAGAAAGGAGAAGAUGAAGCUGUUGAGCCGAGUGUGAGGGAUUUGGUUGUGAGAGAGGAGGAAGGUGUGAGGUUGAAGCAUCUCAUCAGGGACAUUGGGCCGGAUUUAGUGCAGAGGAGAUUUGAAGAGUGGACGGUUUCGAUUUUGGUCGGGAAGGGAAGUUUGGUCGGUGGAGAGACGGCUGUGUUUCUCAAGGAAAUGGAUAAGACAGAAGCGGAUGAGCGAGGACUGUUGGAGAGGAUUACGGAUGAGAUGGAGUUGGAUUGA